UUUAAUUUUAUCAUUUUAGUCUCUCUUAUAAUUUCCUCUGGUUGGACUCACAAUCUACAAGGUUUUGAUUAAAAUCCUUCUCUCUCUCUAGAAAUGGGGUUCUUCUCUUUCCUUGGUCGGCUACUCUUUGCCUCCCUCUUCAUCCUCUCCGCCUGGCAAAUGUUCAACGAGUUUGGCACUGAUGGUGGACCUGCUGCAAAGGAACUGCUUCCAAAGUUGAACACUCUUAGGUCAAACGUCUCUGCUAGAUUUGGAUUCAACCUUCCUGUCAUUGAUGUUUCCCAUUUAGUUGCUGCAUUCCUGUCUCUGAAAGGCAUUGGCGGGCUACUCUUUGUUUCUGGGAGUCAGAUUGGAGCUUAUCUUCUGCUUCUCUACUUGGCAAUUAGCAGCCCAAUUCUAUUUGAUUUCUUCAACUAUGGCCGUGGGAAUUCCCAAUAUAACCUACUAUUGAAUGAUUUCUUAUUGCACGUCGCACUUGCUGGUGCAUUGCUCUUCUUCAUCGGAACGAAGAAUUCGAUUUCGAGGAGGCAACAGAAGAAGAAGGCACACAAAGCCAAAACAAACUAGAAAUGUAAGAGAAACCACUACUUCAACUCGAAAUCGUUCCUUUUAAUUCCCUUCGCCCAGGUCGGGGCUCGGGUGGAAAGAUGGGAUUGGAUUGCUCGAUAUUGAUGUGGGUUUUCAAAAAGCUUCUUAUUUAUAAUUCCUUUUUGUAAUCAUAGGUUUACUCAUUUAGGAAUUUUAGUCCACUUUUGACUGUCAAAUGGAUAUGAAGGGAUUUAAGCAUAUGUUUUUCUCCAUUCAAACUGUUUUAUGAGGAUUAGAAUCUUUUGUUGAGUUAA